ACAAAUAAUCAAAACAUUGUCCUUGUCAACCAUUGUCAACAGGAAUAUACGUAAUAAAUUCAAUUGUUGUCAACAAAAUAUUGUUCAAACUGUAACAGUGGGUGAAUAAACAGAAAUAAGUGAGUUUAUAAAUAAUGAAGUCGGCGAGAAAAAGAAUUGCGAAUCACAAAGCACUUUUUAAACAGCGAACACAAAAAGAUGACAAUGAUGAACUCUCGUUUGAAUUAAUAAUUUCUACGAGAAAAUCCGGACAAUUAGAUAUGUCAGGUCGUGGUCUCGCUGCAGUACCUGAAAAAUUAUGGACAAUUAAUGAACUAACGAAGGAGGAACUUGAUAAACUUCGGAAGGAAAUUGACUUUGAACAGAGUAAAGAUUGUUGGUGGGAGCAGGAACCGUUUAGAAUUUUAGAUUUAAGUUCCAAUAGUUUAUGUUCAAUUGAUCCACGAAUAAAAAAUUUAUUGGAUCUCACUCUUCUUGACCUCCAUGAUAAUUUACUGGAAACUUUACCACCAGAAAUAGAAAAUUUACAAAAUUUGAAAAAUCUAAAUAUCUCCUUCAAUAAAAUAAAAACAAUUCCACUCGAAUUUUAUAAACUCAUCGAAUUACGAAAAUUGGAUUUGAAAAAUAAUAUUCUCACCGAAUUGGACGAGGCGAUUGGAGAUUUAAUUAUGCUCGAGACAUUGAAUCUUUCGAGUAAUAAUCUAACUGAUAUACCUGGUGGAACUGGUUAUCUAGUGCGGUUAGUUUCACUCGACUUGAGUCACAAUUUACUCAGGGAAUUGCCACCAGACAUAACAAGCAUGCGAGGACUGAAAAAAUUAGACGCGAGUUUCAAUCAUUUAGAUACGUUACCGCCUCUUGGCGAAUUAAGAAAGAUUGAAACUCUUCUGUUCGGUUCAAAUAAUUUAAAAACAUUUCCCGAUACUAUUGGUUGCUCAUCAUUGCGGGAACUUCAUCUAACAAAUAACAAUAUUGCCGAAAUUGAAAUUUCGUGUUUGGAAGGAAUGGGCCAAUUGAAAACGCUUUUGUUAGGUGGCAAUAAAAUUGAAGUGAUACCGGAGGAAAUGAUUAGAUUGAUAAAUUUGGAGCAUCUCGAUCUUUCGCACAAUAAUAUAUCAUCAAUUCCAAAUUGUAUCGGUAUAAUGCCCAAUUUACAUAACUUCAUUGUGGAAGGCAACAAAUUGCAAAAUGUUAGACGUGACAUUGUUCAAUUAGGCACUCCUCGAAUAUUACGUCAUUUGCGACAAAGCUCAAACGCCAGCAAUAUUGAAAUUCGAGACUGUUCCUCGCCGCUUUGUGAGGAUGAAAAUUUACCCGACAAGUACGCAAUGAAAAAUGCAAGACUUCUGAGUCUGAUUGGCAAAAAUCUGUCAAAUAUUCCCGAUAGGGUUUUCAAUGAUGCGAAGGAAGCUGAGGUGACUUGCGUUGAUUUAAGUCGAAAUAGAUUGCACGAAUUAUCAGAUGCUCUCUCGCAAGUAACGACAGUCACCGAUUUGAAAUUAGCCUGCAAUCAAUUGAUAGAAAUACCCAAUUGGAUCGGUGUUCUUCAAUAUCUACAAUUUUUGGAUUUAAAUAGAAAUCGCUUGGUUUAUUUGCCGGAAAAUAUUGCAAAUCUCGAACGUCUGCGUGAACUGAACAUAUCAUUUAACAAAUUCACAGAAAUACCGGAAUGCUUAUACGAAAUUUCGCAUCUUGAAAUUCUCACUGCAAAUGACAAUCAAAUUAAAAAUAUUGACGUGCCUGGUUUGAGUAAAUUACGAAGGCUCACAAUUCUCGAGUUGUCUAAUAAUAACAUUGCACACAUUCCACCAGAAUUGGGAAAUCUAAUACAUCUCAGGACUCUAUCGCUUACCGGAAAUUGCUUUAAACAACCGAGACAAGCAACUUUACUGAAGGGAACAGAAGAUAUUCUUUCCUAUCUUCGUGACAAAAUUCCUCGAACGUAAUCAACGUAAAUAUUUAAUUGAAAAUAUCUAUUUAUCAAUAAUUGCGAGAAAAAAAUUGUUUCAAAUUUCUUUACAAAAGAAACGGUGUGAAACAGUAUUUUUUUAAAAGAAAAUUCAAUUUAUGCUCAAAAAAAAAAUUUUAAAGCUUACAAUUUAUUUUCUUAUAAUCGCGAAACAUUAUUUCGUUUGCUAUUUGCAAAUAUUAUAUUUUUUUAUUCUGCUAAAUUAUACACUACAUUUAUUUAUUAUUAUUUUUC